UUCUUCCCGCGGACCGCCGCCCGCCUCCAGUUUUCUUCCCGCGGACCGCCGCCGUCCUUACGAGCUACCUCCCCCUCUCUCUCAUACGCCGGCGACUGCUCCGUUCAUCUCUCUCGCUUCUAUUCGUUGUUUCGUCUGGAGAAAAAAUCUCCCAACGAAUUGUUGAGCUCUCGUGGAGUUAUCGAGGAGGAAGUGGCUGCAUCUGGUUUGUAUGUUGUGGAACAACUCUGCUUUAGAUGUCACUCCCCCUUAUUUGGUUUCUGGAGUUAUAACAGAGAAGAACUUCAUUGCGAUGAGAAUUCAUGGUACUCCUCUUGGGUUCCAAAAUCUGUUGAUAUCUAGUUGGUUACAUAGUUCCUCUCAAUGCCCAAACAAGUUUCAAAUUACUACUAGGUCUUCGUUGUUUUCGAUUCGACGGAGUAGUUUCAAAAUACCACCAAAGCCCAGGUACCCUUCUGACUCUAUUGGAAUUUCAAUGUCAAAAGAUCAAUUUGGUCAUAAAUUUAAGAAUAGAGUACAGAAUGUCCCACAUAGAUAUAGCUUGGAACACCAAAAGACUGAAGAUGUUAUGGAAAAUCGAGUAUGCUUGAGUAGCAAGGAGAAGUUGAAAUAUUAUUCAUGGAUGUUGCAUGAAUGUGCAUCGAAUCGAUCUUUAGGUGCUGCAAAAGCGAUCCAUGGGCUUGUCGUCAAGGAUGUGAUUAAUCCAGAUUCCCAUUUGUGGGUUUCGUUGGUGAAUGUAUAUGCGAAGUGUAGGUACUCUGCAUAUGCUCGAUUAGUGCUAGCUAAAAUGCCUGAUCGUGAUGUUGUUUCUUGGACGGCGUUAAUUCAAGGCCUUGUGGCAGAAGGAUUUGUUAAUGAUAGUAUUUAUUUAUUUCAGGAGAUGCAAAAUGAAGGAAUCAUGCCCAAUGAGUUCACUCUAGCUACUGGAUUAAAAGCAUGUUCUUUGUGUAUGGCCUUAGAUCUUGGAAAACAGAUGCAUGCUCAAGCUUUUAAACUUGGAUUAUUACUAGAUUUGUUUGUUGGAUCUGCUCUUGUUGACCUUUAUUCUAAAUGUGGAGAGAUGGAACUUGCGUCUAGAAUGUUCUUUGGUAUACCUGAGCAAAAUGAAGUGACAUGGAAUGUGCUACUCAAUGGUUAUGCUCAAGCGGGCGAUGGGAUUGGAGUCUUGAAGUUAUUUUGUUGUAUGAUGGAAUCAGAUGUGAAGUCUAGCAAGUUCACGUUAACUACGGUACUAAAGGGUUGUGCAAACUCCAAAAAUUUACGACAGGGGCAGGUAAUCCAUUCCCUGAUUAUCAAAUAUGGGUAUGAAGGCGAUGAAUUCUUAGGUUGUGGUUUGGUCGAUACGUACUCGAAGUGUGGGAUGGCAAUUGAUGCAUUAGAAGUUUUCAAAAAGAUUAAAAAGCCUGAUAUAGUUGUUUGGAGUGCCAUGAUUACAUGCCUUGAUCAGCAAGGACAAAGCGGCGAAUCAAUUAAGUUAUUCCACUUAAUGCGAUCGAGUAGUACUAGACCAAACCAUUAUACUAUUUGCAGCCUCGUAAGUGCCGCUACAAAUAUGGAAGAUUAUCGAUAUGGGCGAAGCAUUCAUGCUUGUGUUUGGAAAUAUGGAUUUGAAACUGAUAUUUCAAUCAACAAUGCAUUAGUCACAAUGUACAUGAAAAGUGGAUGUGUGAAUGAGGGUGCAAGGUUGUUUGAAUCGAUGAUCGAACGAGAUUUGGUUUCGUGGAAUACAUAUUUAUCUGGAUUUCAUGACUCUGGAAUGUACGAUCGUUCACUUACUAUCUUUGGUCACCUGUUAGAGGACGGUUUUAUACCGAACAUGUAUACUUUUAUCGGUAUUUUAAGAUCGUGUUCUUGUUUUUUAGAUGUGCACUUUGGGAGGCAAGUACAUACCCAUAUCAUCAAAAAUGAUCUGGAUGAUAACGAUUUUGUUCAAACAGCUCUGAUUGACAUGUACGCCAAGUGUAUGUGCAUGGAAGAUGCUGAUGUAGCUUUCAACAGGUUAAGUUCUAGAGAUCUUUUUACUUGGACAGUUAUCAUUACGAGUCAUGCACAGACGAACCAGGGGGAAAAGGCUCUUAGUUAUUUCAGGCAGAUGCAACAGGAAGGUGUGAAGCCGAAUGAGUUCACGCUUGCUGGCUGUUUGAGUGGUUGCUCGUCCCUCGCUUCUCUAGAAGGUGGACAACAACUACAUUCCAUGGCUUUUAAGAGUGGACACUUAAGUGAUAUGUUUGUUGGUAGUGCCCUUGUCGACAUGUACGCAAAAUGUGGUUGCAUGGAAGAGGCUGAGAUGUUAUUCGAAGCUUUGAUUUGUCGAGAUACAGUCGCAUGGAACACUAUUAUAUGUGGAUAUUCACAAAACGGGCAAGGAAAUAAAGCUCUCGAGGCGUUUCAGAUGAUGUUAGACGAAGGCAUAUCGCCCGACGAGGUCACCUUCAUAGGCAUUCUUUCUGCAUGCAGUCACCAAGGCUUAGUUGAAGAGGGCAAAAAACAUUUUAACUCUAUGUAUAGAGAUUUUGGUAUUUCUCUGACCGUGAACCACUGUGCUUGUAUGGUUGAUAUUCUAGGCCGUGUGGGAAAAUUCGAUGAGCUCGAAGAUUUCAUUAAAAAAAUGCAACUAUCACAACAUGCACUGAUAUGGGAGACUGUCCUUGGAGCUUGUAAAAUGCAUGGCAAUUUGGCUUUGGGUGAGAAAGCUGGAAACAAACUCAUUGACCUUCAACCGGAGAAGGAGACUAAUUAUAUAUUACUCUCGAAUAUUUUUGCGACAAAAGGAAAGUGGGACGAUGUCAAAAGAGUUCGAACUUUGAUGUCUAGUAAAGGAGUUAAAAAGGAGCCAGGGUGUAGCUGGGUCGAGGCUAAUGGUCAAGCUCACACGUUCGUGUCUCAUGAUUGUUCACAUCCACAAAUUCAGGAAAUACAUCUAAAGCUAGAGGAGCUUGAUAAAGAACUUACUGCCAUAGGAUAUGUGCCCAAAACUGAAUACGUGCUUCAUAAUGUAGAAGAAACUGAAAAAAGGGAAUACCUUCGAUUUCACAGUGAAAGAUUGGCCCUUGCUUUUGCUCUUAUAAAUACCAGCGCAACAAAAAAAAUUCGUAUCUUAAAAAAUCUACGUAUUUGUGGAGAUUGCCAUGAUGUUAUGAAGUUUUUAUCGAGUAUCACCGAUCGGGAAAUAGUUAUUCGUGAUGUUCAUAGGUUCCACCAUUUUAAGAGUGGUGCUUGCUCAUGUAAUGAUUUUUGGUAACGUGGCUUCGCCGUGGUAUCUAUUAUGGAGUCGGUUUAUUGCAUUUGAUACCAAGGAAGCUUGCUCCGGAUAUCACAGCUUCUGGACUAAAGAAACUUGGUUUCGUUUAAGGGUUUUGCCUAUCCAGCUUCAACUUGCUAGCAUCACCGGGAGGAUUGUAAAUGUUGCAGGCUGUUUGGACGUGCUGUUGCAAACUGCCAUCAUACCCUUUCUCAACCUCUGCAACAUAUGCUUUUGCUCUUAACGUUAAUAUUAGUUUCCAUGUUAGAUUCGAGAUUCUUG